AAUCUUAAAAUAAUAAUAAAAAAAAAAAUCCUUUUACUAGAUUUCACAUUAUAAGUAUCAUAUCCCUUGCGUGGUGCAGCUCUAGCAAGCUUGCAGCACCAGGAAAAAAAAUAAAAAAUAAAAUAAAAAUGGAGGCCAGCCAUGCUCCACCUCUUCACACCGUUAUCGUCUCCCGUCGGACGGCCAUGAACCGUGUAUUUGCGGUGGUUUAUGCGACGGCCAUAAUGGCCUUGCUCUAUCACCAUGCACUCACACUUCUCCUCCAUUCCACCACCUUCUCAUCCUUCCUUAUCUCCGUCUGCUUGCUCAUCUCCGACCUUGUUCUUGCUUUCAUGUGGACGACGACGCAGUCUUGUCGUAUGCGUCCCGUUUACAGGAAAGAAUUCCCGGCAAACGUGAAGAAAGUGGUGGAAGAAUUGGAGUUUCCGGCACUGGAUGUGUUCGUAUGCACGGCGGAUCCAUAUAAGGAACCGCCUAUGAGCGUGGUGAAUACAGCGUUAUCGGUGAUGGCUUAUGAUUAUCCGACGGAGAAGGUUUCGGUGUACGUUUCCGACGACGGAGGCUCGGCUCUGACCCUUUUCGCGUUCAUUGAGGCUGCGAAGUUUGCCAGCCACUGGUUGCCUUUUUGCAGGAAGAACAACGUAAUGGAGCGAAGCCCGGAUGCUUAUUUUGCUGCCAAUCAUUAUUCUUCCAACUCCGACUCUGAAACUCAGAAAAUAAAGAUUUUAUAUGAAAGCCUGAAAGUGAAGGUGGAAAAUGUAGUUGAGAGAGGGAAAAUUGGUGAGGAACACAUUGUCCAUGAACGAGAUCGCCAAGCUUUCAGCAAAUGGAAUACUCCUGGAUUCACCCGCCAUGAACAUCCCACUAUCAUUCAGGUUAUAUUGGACAGCAGCAGAGACAGAGACAACGCAGGUCAUGUGAUGCCAAACCUUGUUUAUGUCUCCAGAGAGAAAAGAAAGACUUCUCCACACCAUUUCAAAGCCGGUGCUCUUAACGUUCUUCUUCGAGUAUCGGCCGCCAUGACCAAUGCACCAGUGGUCUUAACCUUAGAUUGUGACAUGAACUCCAACGAUCCUCAAACCCCUGUACGAGUCCUCUGUUACUUAUCAGACAAGAAACUUCAGCCGAAACUCGGCUACAUUCAGUUCCCUCAGCGUUUUCGCGGCAUCAACAAGAAUGACAUCUAUGCUUGUGAGUUCAAAAGACUCUUCCAAAUCAACCCUGUUGGAAUGGAUGGCUUAGCAGGGACGAGUUAUGUUGGAACUGGUUGUUUCUUCUCUAGACGUGUUUUCUUCGGAGGACCAUCGGCUUUUGUGCCACCGGAGAUUCCUCAACUGCGUCCGGAAAGUGUUGUGGAAAAUCCUAUUCAGUCCCCUGAAGUGUUGAAGUUAGCUCAGGUUGUGGCUGGUUGCAAUUAUGAGAAGCAGACUCAGUGGGGCUUCAAGAUCGGUGUGAGGUAUGGAUCAUUGGUGGAGGACUAUUUCACGGGGUAUUGUCUGCAAUGUGAGGGAUGGAAUUCCAUAUUCUGCAACCCAGAAAGAGCUGCAUUUUAUGGGGAUGCACCAAUCAGCCUUGUUGAUGUGUUAAAUCAGAACAAAAGGUGGGCCCUAGGCCUCCUUGAGGUGGCAUUCUCUAAAUAUUGUCCUGUAACCUUUGGGACUCAGGCAAUGGGUCCUUUAAUGGGUUUUGCCUAUGCCCACUAUGCAUUUUGGCCCAUUUGGUUCAUUCCAAUUACUAUAUAUGCCUUCCUUCCCCAGUUAGCUCUCUUCAAUGGAAUCACCAUCUUUCCAAAGGUUUCAGACCCAUGGUUUUUGGUGUAUUUAUUUCUUUCUCUUGGAGCUUAUGGUCAAGAUUUUUUGGAUUUUUUGGUAAAUGGAGGAACAUUCCAAAGGUGGUGGAAUGACCAAAGGAUGUGGCUAAUUAGGGGACUUUCAUGCUUCUUGUUUGGAUCCAUUGAAUUCUUUUUGAAAUCUUUAGGCAUUUAUACACAUGGGUUUAAUGUCACAAGCAAAGUCUUGCUUGAUGAACAGAGCAAAAGAUAUGAACAAGGGGUGUUUGAGUUUGGCGUUCAAUCACCCAUGUUUGUGGCUUUGACAAUGGCUGCAUUUGCCAAUUUGGGAGGUUUUGUUUGGGGGAUUUUGGGGGUUUUGAGAGGGAGCAAUAAUCUAGAGGAGCUCUUUGUGCAGAUUUUUAUAGCAGGUUUUGGUAUACUGAAUUGCAAGCCUGUUUAUCAUGCUUUAGUUAAGAGAAGUGACAAAGGAGGACUUCCUAUAAAAACCACUUUACUUUCGAUGGUGCUUGCUGUUGCUCUUAUUGUAGCAUUUUCUUUUGUCUUGAGGAAUUGAAGGGAACUGGGGGCUGAAUUUUCCCUUUCCUGUUUUUUUCUUUAAUGUUCUGUUUUUUGUUGUGUAGUGGUUAAUUAAUAAAAGGCCAUUAUUGAAUUUAA